CCAGCAGAUGACAACAACAAAACAGGACUAUUGAGAGGGUGUUAGCUGCUAGCGUAGUUAGCUACUUCAGAUAAACAACUGGUGGGGAAGAAGACCGCGUGUUACCUAAUCAUUGCUGGAGUUUGCCCAGUUAGACAUUGACGGGAAUAUGUUUAAUUUACACAAUUAAGAAUGGUUGUCAGUUAUUCUUGCCUGGGUUAGUACAGCUAAUGUUAGCCAAGUAGCUCACUAAGCUAGCUCUAUGUAUGCCAAGUUAAAACGGGUUAGCUAGCUAGCUUAUCUGCUAGCUUGUUAGCUAGCCAACUCGCCAAAGCGAAGACCAAGAAUAGGGAGAUGCGAGCGAAGUGAGGGUGGCAGUGCCUGACUAAAUGAACGGUAAAAGACAGUUCAAAGAAGUCUGGGAGAUUCAUCAUGAAGUUAUAUGUGUUCCAGGUCAACAAUGGCAGCACAUUGACAUUUGACACCGACCUUGCUGUCCAAACUGUACUGGAACUUAAACAUGCCAUCCAAGCCAAAUAUAAGAUUUCAAUUCAGCAUCAAGUCCUUGUUGUCAAUGGAGGGGAAUGUAUGGCUGCAGACAAACGAGUGUGCAGCUACAGUGCUGGCACUGAAACCAAUCCCAUAUUCCUGUUCAACAAAGAGAUGAUCUUAUCUGACCGGGAUCCAACAAUCCCCAAAACCACCUUCUCAAUUGAGAGUGAGAUUCAGGUUAAAGUGGAAGAAUCACUACUGAUGCCAGCUGUCUUUCACACUGUUGCCUCACGAACACAGCUUGCUCUGGAAAUGUUUGAAGUUGCCAACAAACUUUGCUCUUUUUGUGAACGUUUGGUUCACGAUGAACAUCUCCAACAUCAAGGCUGGGCUGCCAUCAUGGCUAAUCUGGAUGACUGCACUCUGUCUUAUCAGAAGUUACUCAUGAAAUUCAACACGGCAUACAUAAACUAUCAAACUGAUUUGGAGGAAAUUAAGAUUAAACUUUCUAAGCUAGGGACAGCAGUGUCUGUGAUGGCCAGGAUACCACUGCUGGAGUGUUUGACAAGACACAGUUAUCGAGAGAGCAUGGAGAAGUCCAGUUCAACCCCAGAAAAGGAUUCAGAUGAGACAGAAGAAGAAAAAUCCACAGAUUCUGUGCUCUACAGUACUCAACCACAGAUGCCCUCUAAGUUACCAACAUCCUUGUCUGCUUCGGGGACGGCCACAUGUGAGCCAGAUGGUGAUCAAGAAACAAAUGAAAUGACUGACAGUGGUGGGCUGAGAGCUGCAUUAUUAGAUGAUGACACUCCAGAACUCGCCAACCCGUCCUCAUUUAAUGUUACACUAUUAGACUGGAUCAACGUACAAGACAGACCCAAUGAUGUGGAAUCGGUUGUGAGGAAAUGCUUUGACUCCAUCAACAGGCUUGACUCUCGGAUCAUUCAACCCUUCCUGACAGAUUGUCGUGACACAAUUGCAAAGCUAGAUAAUCAAAACAUGAAAGCCAUCAAAGGGCUUGAAGACAGAUUAUAUGCUCUAGACCAAAUGAUUGCAAGCUGUAAGAAGCUGGUUAAUGAGCAGAAAGAACUUGCUCAGGGAUUUUUGGCCAAUCAGACGCGGGCUGAAAAAUUGAAGGAUACAUCUGUUCUGCCUGAUUUGUGCUUGAGUCACACCAACCAGCUGAUGAUCAUGUUGAACAACCACAGGAAGCUGUUGGACAUUAAAAAGAAGUGCACCACUGCCAAACAAGAACUAGCAAACAACCUUCAAGUCAGACUCAAAUGGUGCUGCUAUGUGAUGCUUCAUGCAGACCAGGAUGCAGAGAAGCUCCAGGCUCUUCUUAGACUUCUGACAGAGUUGAUAGAAAGAGUGAGGGUAGUUGAGGCCCUCAGUACUGUGCCCCAGAUGUACUGCUUGGCAGUCGUGGAAGUGGUCAGGAGAAAAAUGUUUAUGCGCCACUACCGAGAGUGGGCUAACGCACUUGUGAAGGAUGGGAAACGACUGUACGAGGCGGAGAAGUUCAAAAGGGAAUCCUUUGGGAAACUCUUUAGGAAGUCUUUCCUCAGAAAUCGGUUGUUUAGAGGACUUGAAUCAUGGCCUCCAACAUCAUUUUGUACACGAAGGCCCAGAAAGUUUGAUGAUGAACUUCCAGACAUCUCACUUGAUGACCUGCAGUACUUGAAAUCAUGUUGUCCUGCAGAGGUGCAGCCUUUCCUCAUGGUCCCUACCAUGUGUGACUUUGAGCCCUUAAAUCGCCAUGUAGAGACACUUCACCAGCUGGUCCAAGCUGCGCAGAGUGUGGAUGAAAUGUCUCAAACUAUUACUGAUCUACUGACCGAACAAAGGGCAUCUUAUACUCAGAGUGCACACAGAUCAAUGACACAGACUCCACAGUCUGAAAGCAUGCUUAGGACCACAACGCCCAUGUCCUCUAAAACACCUCCUUCUCUUAGCCUUCACGGACCAAGCUGCCAGCCCCUGCUUGUACCGGUCCCUGCUCCAUUAGAGGAUUUGUCCCCAGACAGCAUUGAUGCACAGACAUUUGACUUUGAGACUAUUGGCCAUCCGAACAUGGAUCCAGUCCUACAGCAGGGAUCCCUCGACUUAGAUUCUCUAGCAGAGAGCCCUGAAUCUGACUUCAUGUCGGCUGUCAAUGAGUUUGUGAUUGAAGAGAACUUGACAUCUCCGAAUCCCAUCAGUGACCCUACUAGCCCAGAAAUGAUGGUUGAGUCACUGUACUCCUCAGUCAUUAAUGCUAUUGACAGCAAGCGAAUGCAGGAUACCACAACACUAGAGAGGGAAAACUCAAGAAUCACUGAACUCAAAGAAGCUGUUGAGAAGUACCGAUGUGCUGCAGAGGAGUCCCAUUCUAAUUUAAAAAGUGUAAAAGAUGACCUCUAUCACUUCAGAGUUCUAGUAUUAAAAGAACUGCAUGACUUUAGCAUAGGUCUGCGUAAUGUGACCACAGAUGUUCACAACACUGUAGAUACCAUUUGCCAGACCUGUGAAAUGGAAUUGAAGGAGCAGCAUCAAGGUGAGCUUUUGACCCUUCAGCAGGACCUUGAGAGGCAGGUUCACAAACUGACAGAGGAAAACCAAGUAAACCAGAAUAUUGUAAGAGAUGUUCAGCGUGCAAUGUUGGAGCUGGAGGGACUUAUGGAACGCAAAGAGAAAGAACUUACUCAACUGGAGAAUGAUAAAGAGCGAUGGGUUGAAAAAGAUAACAGUCAGACUGAUAGGAUCAAAAACCUUGAGCAGAUUAUCACUAAUCAAGCUGAAGAGAUCAAGAUGCUCUUAUUCUCAAAAGAAACUCUGACCAGCCAGCUUGAAAACCUGCACUUUGAGAUUGAACGCAAUCAGCAGAAGGUCCGACAGGAGCUGGAAGCUGUUUCUCAGUGCCAUUUAAAGGAGUUGGAGGAUAGAAUGAAGCAGGAACACAAAACGGACCUGGAGGCCCUGAGCAAGGAUAAAGAGGAGGCUCUGGAACGUCUUGCUGCUGAAAAUACUGCAAUGCUAACUGAGGCAGCUGACAACCACAUUGCUGCUAUUAGAGAGAAAGACAUUCAAAUUAAGGAUUUGGAGGCUCGCCUUUCUGAGCUAGCAGAAUUCCGCUGCAAACUAGAAGUAGAGCUAGCCCUCAAAGAGUCAGAGACAGAAGAGGUGCGGAUCUUAUUUCAGGAGGCUAAGAUGCACCAAGCAGAUACUGUCAGGACCCAAGUUGAGGCUGAGACAAAAGUCUUUAGAGAAGAGCUAGCUGGUCUAAAAAAACAGCUUCAAGCAAAGAAUGAGGAGUAUGAAGUGGACCUAGCAGAGCUGAGAACCCUCAUGAGGAUAGAAAAGGACCAUUGCAUUUCAGAACUGGUGGACAGGCAUGAGGAGGAAACAGUCCAGUUGCACAGCAAGCUUUCUUCUCUGCAGCUGCAAGUCCAGGAUGCUGAAAAGAACCAUGCUGAGCUACAGCAGAAACUUGAAGAAGAAUUUCAUCAUCAAAUGUCUGCUCUUAGUGAAGAAAAAGAGAAGCAGUUAAGGAGUUUCCAAGAACUGGAGCAGGAGUUGAGGACUGUUAUCAGCAGUUUGCAGGCAGAAAAUGACCAGCUAUCCAAAAAACUAGAGCAGGAUAAAAGGGCAGUUCAGAAAGAUUUGGAGAAAAAAGAGGCCUCAAAUGUUGCAGCACCAGAUGCCUUAAAAAAGUUAGAACAGCAGAAGAAGGAGAUGGAGAAGACCCUUUUAGAGAAAAUUAGACAGCUUGAGAAUGAGCUUCACGAGAAACAAUCCUCAAAAAGUGAUGAAGGGUUACCGCUGCAUGCUGAGGGUUAUGCAGACGCCGGAGCACCUCUCUCUCUAGACUCAGCAUUACAAGAGCGCCUGCAGCAGGAGAGAGCGUCCCUUCAGGUUCAGAUGGAACUUUUGGAGAAGAAGAAGAAUGAAGAGAUACAAAACAUCAAGACGUCACUAAUCGCAGAGCAGCAGACAAAUUUCAACACUGUUCUAACCCGAGAAAAGCUAAAAAAGGAGCAGAUCAUCAAUGAGCUCUCGGAGAAGUUGCGGAAAGUUACCCAGCAGCAGGAAAAGGACAAAGCUCUGAUUGAGACCCUGUCUGAGGACCGGGCUAGCGUUAUGCAGGAAAAGAAAUACUUGGAAGAAGAGCUUAACUGUCUCCGCAGCACUGCACUGGUCUCCUCAGCCUUUUUUACCCAAAAUCCUCCAGCACAAGAGGUCUCAGAUGCUGGACUAGCAGCUCAAGCUCUGCCUGUUGCUGGGGCCUGCUCUUCUGAGACUCUGGCUGAAACUGACAGACUGGCCUCUGUGGCAGCCAUUCGAGAUGACGAACAUGUUGAUUCAGCAGUGGAAGCCAGCAUGGUGACGGUCCACGAUACCAUGAUGUCUGAGGAGAAACAACGGAUAAUCUUACUUGAGAGGACUUUACACAUGAAGGAGGAAGAAAACAAGCGCCUCAGUCAAAGACUGAUGUCUCAAAGCAUGUCGUCUGUGUCUUCACGGCAUUCAGACAAAAUUGCCAUCAGAGAUUUCCAGGUAGGUGAUUUGGUUCUCAUCAUCCUGGACGAAAGGCAUGACAACUACGUGCUGUUCACAGUCGGUCCCACCCUCUACUUCCUCCACUCGGAGUCUCUCACAGCACUGGACCUCAAACCAGCAUCAGGGACUUCAAGAAGGCCUUGGGUACUUGGUAAGGUGAUGGAGAAGGAAUAUUGUCAGGCAAAAAAGGCCCAGAACAGGUUCAAAGUUCCUUUAGGAACCAAGUUCUACAGAGUGAAAGCUGUUCCAUGGAACAGAAAAGUAUAAUAGCCAAGUAAUGAGCUAAAAUGUAUAUUUAUAUUGUUUAAUUUUUGAACAGAAAUUUCACUACAUAAUUCAUAACUUCAAAAUUGAAAGACAUUGCAAAUGGAAAUAAUUAAGAUUGGCAUCAUGAAAUGUUACGUUUCAGUUUAAAAUCCCACUUGCUAUCAUAUUUUUAGUUUCUUUUAAAGCCAGAUUUGUUAUUGUGGACCAAAUGCUACUAACCUUAUCAGGGCAUUGCCCUAUACACUGUGGCAUUAUGCCCUUUGACCUGUGUGUAAAAUUGAUCAAAAUUUGGAUGUUAAAUAUUAGUUCUCAUUAUCAGCAUUUGUCCUUUUGUGGAAAAUACUGUCAUUAUCAACAUAAUAAUAAAAAUAUACAUUUAUAAUAAAUAUUUAAAGAGGAAUGUUCAUGGCAUGCAUAUUAAAAUAUUUUGUUUGAUUUACUUACCAGAUAAAUGUUGUAGUUGGAAAUGUAGUUAAUGCUGUUUGUUACUCACAAAGCCGUUUGGCCCUCUGUCAAUACUGAAAUGUACAUUUUGACCGACUUGAGGUAAACAGUCGUCUUUGCAAUCCUUGAAAUGCACUUUGAAAAACAAUGCUUUUGUUGAUUUGAAAAGGGAAGUUAUAAUUGAGCUGUCAAAACUAGGUAAAUAUAUCAGCACACACUUCUCACUACCAUAGAAUAUUGAUAUGUAGAAAGGAAUAUGUUGUGACUGUGUUUCAUUAUUGGAAGACAUUGUAUAUUACCCAUAAAAUCACAUAUAACAAUAAAUGACUGUAUUGUAAAAGAUAGAGUUUUGACAAACAAUAAAGGAUUGAUCCCAAAUA